AUGUCGGACCUCGACGGCACAAUGAGCAAUUUACCAAAUGUUUACCCUACCGAGGGGCCAAUUGCCCCAAAGGCCAUGAAUUCCAUGUGGUGGUUCUUCCGCAACAAGGGUGAGCUGGAGGCCUAUCACUUGAUACUGCAACAGAUCUCGCAUAAUCUCAGGCAUUUGGGAGAACUGGCGGCGAUUGCUCAAAAGCGACUAAAGGAAUGUUCACCCGCCGAUCCAACAACCGAGGCCGUGGUCAAGGCAAUCAGCAUCGACGUGACCAAGGCAAUGCAGAUUGACCAAUCGAAGUACGACAAGAUGAGAGACAUGGAAUUGAGUGAUUCCGGUAGCCAGCAUUUCGAGGACCUUCCUCAGCACACCCGUGACGCAUGGAUCACUGAAUACGUGAUGGCACUGAGACACAGAGAAAACCUCGAAAAGUACACAGAGGAGUGGAUGAAAUGGCUUGUGCGUAAGCCUGUUUCUCACAGUACACCAAGGCCUCCGUCAAGGAUGGAUUACGCCGAUGCCGAGGCUGCUUGCAUGGCAAACUGGUCUGACGAGACCGAAGGAAAGAUAUUCGAGAUGCUUAACGACAAGAUUAAUUCCAGUCAAAGUAAAGUGUGGAACCUAUAUAAAACUACCGGUCGUAUCGAGUACAAUCCGUCAGCCGGUAGAGAGGCUCGGGAUUGGAGGCGCAGGAUUGCCUCCAUCUACAAGAGGGGGUUCUGGAAGAUACGAUACGGAGACGAUGUCCAGAAGCAAACAAAGUUCAAAGAUCUAUCGACUGCAACUCAACGCAGAUGGAUAGAGGAUUACAUGACGGCAGACGCAAUCGUCGACGAGGUUGACGGCAUAGUGGGUGAGUGGCUCAACCUCACGCUGCAGCUGAAUGGACCACCCCUCAGCCCGCCUCGUUGA